CGUCCGCACCCGCCCUGACCCCCCCCCCUCCUCCCCAGUCGCGGCGCACACACCCCCUCCCUGCCGGCGGUGGGAAGGGGCCGGGCCUGCUGCCUGACGUCUGCGGGGCUCGGAAGAUGGCUGCGGAGCUGAGCACCGGGCAGUGGCUGCGGCGGCGGCGGGCGGGGAGCGCGGCGGGCGGGGGCUCCGCCUCACGCGUGGGGCGCUGAGCCGGGAGGCGCGGAGGCGGCGAGGGCAAGCGGGGGAUCGGGGGGCCGCUUGGCGCCGCCGGCCCGCCACCUGCCGCACCAUGGGCAGCGCAGAGGACGCGGUCAAAGAGAAGCUGCUGUGGAACGUGAAAAAGGAGGUGAAGCAAAUCAUGGAGGAGGCUGUCACCAGGAAGUUUGUGCAUGAAGACAGCAGCCACAUCAUUGCUCUGUGUGGUGCUGUGGAGGCUUGCCUCCUGCAUCAGCUGAGACGCCGUGCUGCUGGCUUCCUGCGCAGUGACAAGAUGGCAGCUUUGUUCACCAAAGUGGGGAAGACAUGCCCCGUGGCUGGAGAGAUUUGCCACAAGGUGCAGGAGCUGCAGCAACAAGUAGAGGGCAGGAAACCCUCCGGAGGCAGCCAGGAAGCCCUUCGGAAACAGGGCUCGGGCAGCGGGAAGGCCCCAGCUCUCAGCCCACAGGCCUUGAAACACAUCUGGGUACGCACAGCACUCAUGGAGAAAGUUCUGGACAGGGUUGUACAGUACCUGGCCGAAAACUGCAGCAAGUACUAUGAAAAGGAAGCAUUACUGGCAGACCCUGUGUUUGGCCCAGUCCUGGCCUGUCUCCUAGUGGGACCCUGUGCCUUGGAAUACACAAAGCUCAAGACAGCUGAUCACUACUGGACUGACCCCUCUGCUGACGAGCUAGUCCAGAGGCAUCGUAUCCGGGGUCCCCCUAAUCGACAGGACUCCCCAGCAAAGCGCCCUGCCCUGGGGAUCCGGAAGCGCCACUCUAGUGGCGGCACUUCCGAAGACCGGCUAGCUGCCUGCGCCCGUGAGUACGUGGAGUCCCUGCACCAGAACUCGAGAACUCGGCUGCUCUACGGCAAGAACAACGUACUGGUGCAGCCGAAGGAGGACAUGGAGGCAGUCCCUGGCUACCUCUCCCUGCACCAGUCUGCAGAGAACCUGACUCUAAAGUGGACUCCCAACCAACUCAUGAACGGAACUCUCGGGGACUCUGAGCUAGAAAAGAGUGUUUACUGGGACUAUGCCCUGGUGGUACCCUUCAGUCAGAUCGUCUGCAUCCACUGCCACCAGCAAAAGAGCGGUGGCACGCUUGUGCUGGUGAGCCAGGAUGGCAUCCAGAGGCCGCCACUGCACUUCCCACAGGGAGGACACCUGCUGUCCUUUCUGUCAUGUCUGGAGAAUGGGCUGCUGCCUCGUGGACAGCUUGAGCCCCCGCUGUGGACCCAGCAGGGAAAGGGCAAGGUUUUCCCCAAGCUACGGAAACGCAGCAGCGUACGUUCAGUCGAUGUGGAGGAGUUGGGUGUAGGACGGGCCACAGACUACGUGUUCCGGAUCAUCUACCCUGGGCACAGGCACGAGCGCAUCACUAUUAACUACCACCACCUAGCGGCCAGCCGUGCGGCCUCGGUGGACGAUGAUGAGGAAGAGGAGGAUAAGCUACACGCGAUGCUCUCAAUGAUCUGCUCGCGGAACCUCACAGCUCCCAGUCUGAUGAAAGAUGCCGGUGACAUGAUUGAGAUGCAGGGGUUUGGACCCAGCCUGACAGCCUGGCACCUAGAGCCCCUGUGUAGCCAGGGCUCCUCCUGCCUCUCCUGCUCCUCCAGUAGCUCCCCGUAUGCAACCCCCAGUCACUGCAGCUGCGUUCCUGACAGGUUGCCCCUCAGGCUGCUGUGCGAGAGCAUGAAGAGGCAGAUUGUGUCCCGGGCCUUCUAUGGCUGGCUGGCCUACUGUCGCCACCUGUCCACAGUGAGGACCCACCUGUCGGCACUAGUGCAUCACAACAUUAUUCCACCCGACAGGCCCCCAGGGGCCGCAGGUGGCCUUACCAAGGACGUGUGGAGCAAGUAUCAAAAGGACAAAAAGAACUACAAGGAGCUGGAGCUGCUGCGGCAGGUGUACUAUGGUGGUGUGGAACAUGAGAUUCGCAAGGAUGUCUGGCCCUUCCUGCUGGGCCACUACAAGUUUGGCAUGAGCAAGAAGGAGAUGGAGCAGGUGGAUGCAGCAGUGGCAGCAAGGUACCAGCAGGUGCUGGCAGAAUGGAAGGCCUGCGAGGUGGUGGUGAGGCAGCGGGAGCGGGAAGCUCAUCCAGCCACGCUUCCUAAAUUCUCCUCGGGCAGCAGCAUUGACAGCCACGUGCAGCGCCUGGUGCACCGAGAUUCUACCAUCAGCAAUGAUGUGUUUAUCUCUGUGGAUGAUCUAGAGCCCCCAGGGCCUCAGGACCCUGAUGAUUCCAGACCAAAGCAGGAGCAGGAGCCGGCCACUGGGACCCCAGGCAUGGCCGCUGCCGAGCAGCAGUCAGUGGAGUUCGACUCCCCAGACUCGGGGCUCCCUUCCUCCCGCAACUACUCUGUGGCGUCCGGCAUCCAGUCCAGCCUAGAUGAGGCGCAGAGCGUGGGCUUCGAAGAGGACAGCGGCGGCGGCGGGGAAGAAGGCUCCUCCGACGGGCCAGCCACUGCAGCCCACGCUUUCUCGGAGCCCCAUGAUCCAGGCCAGAAGCUUGCACCUGCCAGUGAGCUCGAGGCAGGGGAGGAGCUCACAGCCGUGUGUGCUGCGGCCUAUACUAUAGAAUUACUGGACACUGUGGCCUUAAAUCUGCACCGCAUAGACAAGGAUGUGCAGAGAUGUGACCGAAACUACUGGUACUUCACGACCCCCAACCUCGAGAGGCUCAGAGACAUCAUGUGCAGCUACGUGUGGGAGCACCUGGAUGUGGGCUACGUGCAGGGCAUGUGUGACCUCCUGGCCCCUCUCCUGGUCGUCCUCGACAACGACCAGCUGGCCUACAGCUGCUUCAGCCAACUCAUGAAGAGGAUGAGCCAGAACUUCCCCAAUGGGGGUGCCAUGGACACCCACUUUGCCAACAUGCGUUCCCUCAUCCAGAUCUUGGACUCGGAGCUGUUUGAGCUGAUGCAUCAAAAUGGAGACUAUACCCAUUUCUACUUCUGUUACCGCUGGUUCCUGCUGGAUUUUAAAAGAGAGUUGCUGUAUGAGGACGUGUUCGCAGUGUGGGAGGUGAUCUGGGCGGCCAGGCACAUCUCAUCAGAGCACUUUGUCCUGUUCAUCGCCCUGGCCCUGGUGGAGGCCUACAGAGAGAUUAUCCGUGACAACAACAUGGACUUCACUGACAUCAUCAAGUUCUUCAAUGAGCGGGCUGAACAUCAUGACGCCCAGGAGAUCCUGCGAAUUGCCCGGGACCUCGUCCACAAGGUGCAGAUGCUCAUGGACAACAAAACAGCCCCACUGCCACCUGCAGCCUCAGCCUGGACUGUUUCCCAAUGUCUCUUCCAGUCAACCUGGGGCCAUAUAAGGUUAGUGGGGUCUACCGUGGCCUCAGCCUCAUCUAGCAGGAGUUGCAUGGGGCAAGGAGCUCUGUGCCAUAUCUCUCCUGAGACCUUUUGUCGUCUCAACUAGCUGCCUCUUCAGGCACGUGUCCUGGGGCUGGGAGACCUGGGCUGCCUUCCAGGCUCUCCUGAGACUUGGGAAGGCGGAUGUGGGCCCUGGGUGAGAGCAGUCCACCUCAGCAGCACUGCCAUAGUCUCUGGCCACCAGAGUAACCCCAUGAC